AUGUCGCCAUCAGAAAGUAGUAAUCAGAAGGAUAUAUUUCGCGACACGCCUGUCAGAUAUUUGGGUGACAAAGACAGUCUUAAGGCGGCACAAAUGAAAAAUCACUUCAGGUUAUGCCAAUGAGGUCGGAGAAGCGUUUCGAUCGCUCGUCAAACCGGUAGUCGUCAAAUUUUCGUACGUCGUUGCCUUCGGAUAUGUGGCCGCCGAUUCGAUCGACAAAGGAUACAAAGAAUCACUGGUAAUGCUGCUCGGACCGUUGUCGAGGGUCUUCCGCAAAUAAAAAAUGUUUUUUGAAAAUUGGCAUGGAGCCUUGACGGUCACGGGUACAACGCAUUUUUUGAAAAUUGGCAUGGACCGGUGGCGGUUCGUGAAACCUGUAUAUGUAUUAUUAUGAAACCUGUAAGUUGACCUUGGAUCCUGCCUUUAGAAUCUGAUUAGUCAGAUAGAGUCCAAUUUUUUUUCAAAAUUUUUCAACAAAGUUGAACAUUUCACGUUCGGCCCGGCCUGGCCUGUUGGAAUUCUGGAAAACUGUAAAAUCAAUGCUUUUUUCAGAAAAGUCAUGUGAAUGAUGAGGAAAAAACCAAAAAAGUGGCGAUUGCAGCGGUGGACACGGUUCUAUGGCAGGCACAGUUCCAUUAUCAUUCUAAAAAAUCAAAUUUGGUUACAGACUUUUGCCUCCGUGCUCAUUCCGGGAUUCACCAUCAAUCGCUUUUGCUUCUUCACGAAUAUGCUGCUUCAAAAGUAAACUCUACCAGUCUUCUAGGGUUUUAAUUGAUCUUCUUCAGAUCUACCAAACUGCCCACCAAUCUGCGGAAAUGGACUGUCACGUGUCUCGGUCUUGCCACGAUCCCGUUCAUUGUCCAUCCGAUCGAUUCGUUCGUUGAAGAGGCGAUGAACAAAACUGCUCGCACCGUCUACCAAGACUAG